AGAUUUUCCAAACAAAACACACAAAACUCAAACAUAGUCAUAUGCCAAAUGGAAAUACAUCAUUUAAAAAACAAAAAACAUAUAAUAAUAUAAUAAAAUGUUACUUAAAUUAAAUAAAAAAAUGAAGCUUAUAUUAAUGUAUUAGUAGUGUGUAAUCAGAAUCUUCUUCUUCUGUGUUUUCUUUCACGUCAAUCUUAUUUUUGAGUGAAGAAGAAGAAAUUGUAUAGUGAUUUUGAGUUCCCCAAAAGCCUCACUGUUUAAUAAUGUUCCCGUGACUUUCUCUCACUUGUUUUUUUUUUUAAUCUCAAUUUCAGCCUCAAAAAUCAAAACUUUAUUUAUUUUUUCAUUUUCCAACCAAAUCUACUCUUAAUUUGUUUCAUCUUCAUUUUUCUCACUGACCCAGAUCUCUCUCUUACACAAUACUUCAUUGCUUGUUCCAUUGCUGCUGCAAAGUAUUGGAGCUUGAAGAAGAGCAAGUUUUGUUGCUUUGACUUGUUUCAUUUUUUGCAUACAAAAUGAUUUUCGACACGCCGCCCUCGGCCGCCCAAAGCGUGAGGACAAACAGAACUUCAUUUGGUUCUAGCAUUGGCAAUGGGAGUACUCCACUACAUAGCUAUGCUACUGUUAGCAAUGGCGAUGACUAUGACAGCGACGGAUCAAAUUUCGCACCACCCACACCAACAGUUCUACCAAUGGCUAUUCCAGCAGAACUCGCUGGAGCUGGACCUUUGAUUGACAGAUUCCAGGUGGAAGGUUUUUUAAAGUUGAUGCAAAAACAAAUUCACUCUGGCGGGAAGCGAGGAUUUUUUUCUAAACGAUCCGUGGGACCCCAAGUUCGAGAGAAACUUACAAUUGAAGACAUGCUUUGCUUCCAAAAGGAUCCAAUACCAACAUCAUUGCUUAAGCUGAAUGGUGAUUUGGCAAGCCGGGCAACAAAGAUGUUCCAGGUGAUUUUAAAAUAUAUCGGGGUUGAUUCGUCUUCACUAAGCUUAGAGGAUCGGGUUGAGCUUGUAAGUAAACUAUACAAGCAAAGUUUGAAGCAUUCAGAACUCCGGGACGAACUUUUUGUCCAGUUAUCAAAACAAACAAGAAACAAUCCUGAGAGGGAAUACUUGAACAAAUCAUGGGAGCUAAUGUAUUUAUGUGCGUCGUGCAUGCCUCCUAGCAAAGACAUCGGAGGAUAUCUGUCAGAAUAUAUCCAUAACGUGGCACAUGGUGCGACUGUUGAUCCUGGGAUCCGAGAAGCUGCAUUAAAUACAUUAAAUGCUUUGAAGCACUCUCUCAAGGCUGGUCCCAGGCACAUAAUACCUGGGCCUAUGGAGAUUGAAGCUCGGAUUACUCGGAAAAAGCUCACAACUAUAGUCUUCUUUCUGGAUGAAACAUUUGAAGAAAUUACAUAUGACAUGUCAACAACUGUUGCGGAUGCUGUCGAGGAGCUUGCAGGGAUCAUUAAACUGUCAACAUACUCUAGCUUUGGCUUGUAUGAAUGCCGCAAAGUUGUCACCAGCUCCAAAUCAUCUGAUUCUGGAAAUGAGGAGUACAUUGGAUUGGAUGAUAAUAAACAUAUCGGCGAUCUACUUGCUGAAUUUAAAGCAGUAAAAGAUCGAAGUAAGGGAGAAAUUUUGCACUGCAAACUGGUAUUCAAGAAAAAGUUAUUUCGUGAAUCAGAUGAAGGUGUGACAGAUCCAAUGUUUUGGCAGUUGUCCUAUGUGCAGUUGCAGCAUGAUUAUAUUUUGGGUAAUUAUCCUAUUGGAAGGGAAGAUGCAUCAAGGCUUUCUGCAUUGCAAAUCUUGGCCGAGAUUGGAUUUGUUAGAAGACCUGAAUCAUGCGCUGAUUGGAAUUCAUUUCUCGAGCGAUUUCUUCCCAGGCAAAUUGCAAUGACUCGAGGUAGAAGGGAAUGGGAGUUGGACAUUCUUUCUUGCUAUCAUUCACUGGAGCAAGUCACAAAAGAAGAUGCAAGACAACAAUUUCUGCACAUAAUAAGAGCACUUCCUUAUGGUUUUUCGGUAUUUUUCAAUGUUCGUAAAAUUGAUGAUCCUAUUGGACUCUUGCCUGGACGAAUAAUAUUAGCAAUUAACAAGAGAGGGGUUCAUUUUUUCCGCCCUAUUCCGAAGGAAUAUUUGCACUCAGCUGAAUUAAGAGACAUAAUGCAAUUUGGAAGCAGCAAUACUGCUGUAUUUUUUAAAAUGCGAGUUGCCGGUGUUCUUCACAUAUUCCAGUUUGAAACCAAGCAGGGAGAAGAAAUCUGUGUAGCUCUUCAGACACACAUAAAUGAUGUAAUGCUGCGCCGAUAUUCCAAAACACGAUCUUCUCCUACUGGUUCUUUGGAUAAAGAAAUUUCUAAUGAGUUCAAGUCACCGAAUUCGGAACCGUACGAGAAACGUGUUCAAGAUUUAACAAAAGUUCUUGAAGAUUCUAAAAGGAAUGUUGAUCAAUUGCAGGAUGAAUUGCAUGAGAAGCAAAAACUAGAAGAGGAGAUGCGCCAAGAAUUAGAAGACUUGAAGGAUUCUUUAGAAACUUCCAAGCAAAGUCUUGAAGAAGUUACUAAUGACCGUGAUAGGCUUAUAUCACUAUGUGAUGAGAAAGAUAAAGAACUUCAUGCUAAAAUUGUAGAAAAAAGGAGCUUGGAAGCAAAGAUGGCCAAGUUGAAUAGUUUGAUGACAGAGAGAAUUACCAAUAAGGACACAAUUGGAGAAAAUGACCAAGCGUUGCGAAAACUUGAAGAUGACUUGAAACUUUGUAGAGAUGAGUUUAUGGUCGCCGAAGAGACCAUCAAAAGCUUGACAAAUGAGAAGUUGAUUUUGACACAAAAGAUAACUAAGCUUGAGAAGAAGAAUGCUGAAGAGAUUAGUUCUCUUCAACGGAAACUCGACCAAGAACGCAAAUCUCUGAACUCCCAAGUGCAUGACCUUGAAAGAAAACUAGAUGUGCUUAGACAAGAAUUAGCUGUGGCUCAAUCUACACUUUCGGCGAAGGACUCUGAAUUGGCUAUGUUGAAGAACAAUUUAAAAGAACUAGAAGAUUUGAGAGAAAUGAAAGAGGACAUUGACAGAAAGAAUGAACAAACAGCUGCCAUAUUAAGGAUGCAAGGGGCUCAACUAGCUGAAAUGGAAUCGCUUUAUAAGGAAGAGCAAGUUCUCAGAAAGCGAUAUUUCAAUACCAUAGAAGAUAUGAAAGGAAAAAUACGAGUUUACUGUCGGCUAAGACCUAUUGGCGAAAAAGAGAUUGCUGAGAAAGAAAGAGAUGUUGUAACUACAGUAGACGAAUUUACCAUUGAGCAUCCAUGGAAAGAUGAUAAACCAAAGCAACAUCUAUAUGACCGUGUCUUUAACGGUGACGCCACUCAAGAAGAAGUAUUUGAGGAUACAAGGUACUUGGUGCAAUCUGCUGUAGACGGUUAUAAUGUUUGCGUAUUUGCUUAUGGUCAAACCGGCUCUGGAAAGACAUUUACAAUCUAUGGAUCCGAAAACAAUCCUGGCCUUACACCGCGUGCUACUGCAGAGCUUUUUAGAAUUUUAAAGAGAGAUAGUAAGAAGUAUUCUUUUUCUUUGAAGGCGUACAUGUUGGAAUUAUAUCAAGAUACACUUGUUGAUCUCUUGUUGCCUAAGAAUGCAAAGCGAUUAAAAUUGGACAUUAAGAAGGAUUCAAAGGGAAUGGUAACGGUAGAAAAUGUAACAACUGUGCCAAUUUCUACUAUGGAGGAAUUGAAUAGCAUAAUACAAAAGGGUUCCGAACGACGACAUACAGCAGGGACACAAAUGAAUGAAGAAAGCUCAAGAUCUCAUCUUAUACUAUCAGUUGUAAUUGAAAGUGUCAACCUUCAAAGUCAAUCAUCCGCAAGAGGAAAGUUGAGUUUUGUUGAUCUUGCUGGCUCAGAAAGAAUUAAAAAGUCGGGCUCCGAGGGUAGUCAACUGAAAGAAGCUCAAAGUAUAAACAAAUCAUUGUCAGCACUUGGAGAUGUUAUUAGUGCUUUAUCUUCUGGUGGUCAACACAUACCUUAUAGAAAUCACAAGUUAACUAUGUUGAUGAGUGAUUCACUUGGAGGCAAUGCGAAAACUCUCAUGUUUGUGAAUGUAUCUCCAGUUGAAUCAAGCUUAGACGAGACACAUAACUCUCUCAUGUAUGCGUCACGAGUGAGGUCAAUUGUGAACGAUCCAAGUAAAAAUAUUUCUUCGAAAGAGAUAGCUCGACUGAAGAAAUUAGUUGCUCAUUGGAAGGAGCAGGCAGGUAGGCGAGGGGAGGAUGAAGAUUUAGAAGAAAUUCAAGAUAAACGACCGACAAAAGAGAAGAACGACGGCCACAGCCAUGGCCGCUAUACUAUGUAGUAACUUUAGGCGGUAAAUCAAUGGCUUGGCCAUCUGCUGUAAUUUUAAUUUUAAGGUCUCACAGGCUAAAUAGGUUGUUGUAAUUUGUUUGAGGGGCACAAGCUGUAUAGUUAAAUGACUUAAAUCAUGUAUAUAUUUUUCAUUAAUCUUUAACUCAUUCACAUAUAAAUAAAUAUAUACAUUAUGCUA